AUGUCCAAAAGCAAACUAUCGUCACUGCAUAGCCAUGGUACUACCGUCUCCUUAAAUGCCAAUAGGUCAACUACUGCCAUUGGCAAGAUAUUAUUCAUGUUCACCAGUUUCAUCAGGCUAGCCCAUUCGAUCCCCGUUCAUAUCAAUAGUGUUGCCUCAACGGCUGCUGCUAAUGCUCAUGAAGGUUCAGUUCACAAGACUGAGCAAACACCCGAACAGUUUUAUAUCAACUUGUUCACCUCGGCUUUUCUUGUUUUAGCUGGUGGUGUGUUUGCUGGUUUAACUUUGGGUUUAAUGGGUCAAGAUGAAGUUUAUUUAAAGGUUAUUUCGUCGAGUGGUGAACCAUCGGAACGCAAACACGCAAGAAAAGUUUUGAGAUUGCUUGGAAGAGGUAAACAUUGGGUUUUGGUCACGUUGUUGUUGUCUAAUGUUAUCACCAAUGAGACAUUACCUAUUGUUUUGGACCGUUGUCUUGGAGGUGGAUGGCCUGCUGUGGUUACAUCUACUGUAUCCAUUGUCAUUUUUGGUGAAAUCAUUCCUCAAUCUAUUUGUGUUAGAUACGGAUUGCAAGUUGGUGCAUUGUUUUCGCCGUUUGUAUUGUGCUUGAUGUAUCUUAUGUAUCCUGUUGCUUAUCCUUGUGCCUUGUUGUUGGACCACAUAUUGGGUGAGGACCAUGGUACAGUGUACAAGAAGUCAGGGUUAAAGACCUUGGUCACUUUACACAAGACUAUGGGUGUCGAGAGGUUAAACCAAGAUGAAGUCACCAUUAUUAGUGCUGUUUUGGAUUUGAAGGAGAAAUCUGUUAGCUCAAUCAUGACACCUAUGGAUAGAGUGUAUACGAUGAGUGCCGAUACCAUAUUGGAUGAAAAAACAGUGGAGGAGAUAUUCAAUGCGGGAUUUUCUCGUAUUCCUAUCCACUUGCCAGGAGAACCUGACAAUUUUAUUGGUAUGUUUUUGGUUCGUGUUUUGAUUAGUUAUGACCCAGAAGAUGCUUUGCCUGUGGCCACAUUUCCCCUUGCUACAUUACCUGAAACAGGUGUUGAUACGUCGUGUUUGAAUAUCCUAAAUUAUUUCCAAGAAGGUAAAUCGCACAUGAUUAUUAUUAGUGAAACACCAGGAGAACCUACUGGAGCGAUUGGUGUAUUGACAUUGGAAGAUGUUAUUGAAGAAUUAAUUGGUGAAGAAAUUGUUGAUGAAUCGGACGUUUAUAUUGAUAUCAACAAGAAUAUCAAGAGAAAACAACCGGGACCGUUGUCAAAGAGACAUCUUACUUCUUAUUUACACAAUUUGUACCAAAGAGGAGGUGCGACAUCGUCAAAGAGAAAUUCUUUGGAGUCACAAGAUUUACCGCCAGAUUUGCGCACAAGAUUGGAAAGACAAGGAUCUCAAGCAACUGUUAUUUCUUCGACCCCAAAGAACAAGGGGAGUGUUAGAGCAAGUGAUCAGGAGUCAACUGCCGCUGGAGCAACAAAUGGUACUACUAAUACUACUACACCUGGAGCAACAGGAAAUACUGCAGUAGCUGCUGCUGCUGCUGGCGCCAAAUGGAAGAUUCAAAACCCGGCCAUGAAUCCAUUAGAAACGAGUAGGAAAUUUGUCACUAUUAAGAAGCCCGAUCAUGGUAAGCUUGAAUCUGUUGCCAAAGCUGCGUCACCGGCACCGCCUGCGCAACCACAAUCAAUUGAUAAGAAUAAGGGUAAGAAUAAGUUAGUUGGUCAAAUUCAUACAACUGAACAAGGAGCUAUUGAUGAAGCCCAAAGAAGAUCAGUUGAAUUGCGCAAUAGUAGUGAAGAAAAAUCUUCAAAUAGGUUUUUAUUGCCUACUGAAAGAGAAGCAGAUGUUUCUGAAUUACCCGAUGGUAGUAGUAGUGGUAAAGAGGAUCGUUACUCACAACUUCAUCACGAUGGCCACAUAAACAUCCCCAUACCGAAAGCGUCAUCAACUCGAUUGAAUGGGGAUGGAACUGGUUUAGCCAUUACUGAACAUCAAGAGUCAAGAUCAUAUAGAACUGGUGGUAUUAUUGAAUCAGUAGUCAAUGUUGAUGGUGUUCACAAGACCAUUAUUGAAAAUGUUAGUGAUCAUGAAGACGAAGAUGGAUUGGAAAGCUCGAGUCUAGUGUCUGAACAACAGAGACAUAAUAAGAAGCACAAACAGCACAAGAAAAAGAAGCCGAGAAGAACUAGUUCUACUAGGUCUGAUUCUUUUAGCAUGAGUAAGUUCAGUGAUGACGAAGAGAGUGUUUCUUUGUUAAAUGGUAGUGGACAUUCAUCGACUAGUGAUAGUUCCAAGAAGAAGAAUAAUAAUAAUAAUCGGGGAUUGAGUGAUGGUGGUCAUAAUGAGUAA